AUGAACCAGUCCUUCCUGAAGGCCGACGUCGCGGACCUUGUAGGCAAGCUCUUCCUCGAUGAAAAGAUCUCCCUCAUCUCUGCACCGACAUGGUGGGACACUAACAAGAUCCCCCGGCUGGAGAUCCCCAGCUUACGUAUGAGCGAUGGGCCUAACGGUGUGCGCGGGUCGUCCCACUUCAAGUCCAACCCGGCGCAGUGUAUUCCUUGCGAAACAGCGAUGGCAUCGACGUGGGACCCUGAGCUUAUUCAGGAGACAGGCAAGUUCUUGGCUAUUGAGGCGAAGACCAAGGCCGCAGUCGUCCUCCUCGCCCCUACUUGCAACAUUCAGCGCAGCCCGCUGGGCGGUCGCGCGUUCGAAUCCUUCUCCGAGGACUCGUUCUUAUCGGGUACUCUCGCGGCAGCAUACGUGAAGGGAUUGCAGUCCAAUGGUGUCAGUGCUUGCAUUAAGCAUUUCGUCGCCAACGAUCAAGAGCAUGAGCGCACGGCAGUUUCCUCGGAAGUGUCUGAGCGUGCCCUGCGUGAAGUGUACCUGAUGCCGUUCAUGAUUGCCCAGCGGGAUGCGAAGCCUUGGUCGUACAUGACGAGCUAUGGGCGGCUGAACGGGACUCACUGUGCGGAGAACCCAAUGCUUCUCAGAGGGAUCCUGCGCGGGGAAUGGGGAUUUGAUGGGUUAGUCAUGAGCGAUUGGUUCGGGACGUACAGCACUGACGCAGCCAUCAAGGCGUCGUUGGACCUGGAGAUGCCCGGUCCGCCUCGCUGGCGGACGCCUCUGUUGAUCAAGCACUUGCUCAGCUGCCAGAAGCUGUUCGAAUCGGACCUCGACGAACGCUGCGAUCAACUCCUCAAGUGGGUGCAGAAGGUGGCCAACGUCUCUCCCGAGAUCGUUUAUGGUGACGGAGAGGAGCACAGCAGGGACGACCCCAAGGAUCGCGCAUUCAACCGCAAGCUCGCGGGCUCGGGAAUUGUCCUGCUGAAGAAUAAGGGGAACGUACUUCCAUUGAAGACCGUCAAGAGCAUCGCGAUUAUGGGUCCGAACGCAAAGGGCAGAGUCAUCUCUGGUGGUGGAUCCGCCGCCCUCAUGCCGACAUACGUCGUCACUCCUCAUGCUGGCAUCGUCGAACCGGCAAAGGAGAGCCACAUCAAUACCGACUACACCGUUGGAUGCUACGCUCAUCGUUUCCUGCCAACCGUCGAGGAUAAGCUCACGAGCCCCUCCGGCACACCUGGCUGGCGUUGCACUUUCUUUAACUAUGACAACCACGGAAAGCCCACGAUUGAGCUCGCCAACUACACGAUCCAGGAUACCCGUGUGCGGCUGAACGAUUUCCUGCCCAAUGAGCUCAAGGAGACAUGGUUCAUUAAGCUCGAAGGCACAUUCACGGCGGACAAGACCUGCGCCUUUGAGUUUGGUGUCGCGGUUGCUGGCGCGGCUAAGUUGUAUAUUGACGGCAAGCUCUUCAUCGACAACUGGACGAAGCAGCAGCCUGGAGAGUUCUUCUACGGCCAGGGAAGCCAGGAAGAGAAGGCUGUCAUGAACGUUAUCGCAGGCAAGUGUUACAAGAUACUUAUCGAAUACACCAACGAGGUGCCGAAGGACCAACAGAGGAGUAACUCACAGCCUGCCCUUAUGCGCGGUCUCCGUCUUGGUGGAGCAGAGAAGAUUGACCCUGAGGGUGCUAUCCAGGAGGCAGUUGAGCUGGCGAAGAAGUCCGAGGUCGCCGUUGUCGUUGUCGGCCUUACACCCGAAUGGGAGUCCGAGGGCUUCGACCGUCCUACCAUGGAUAUGCCGGGAAGGCAGAACGAGCUUAUCACCCGUGUGGCCGCUGCGAACCCGAACACUGUGGUGGUUGUCCAGGCUGGAUCUGCUAUCUCCAUGCCAUGGGUGGACAAGGUUGCCGGUGUUGUCCAAGCAUGGUAUCUUGGCAAUGAGGUCGGCAAUGCCAUCGCCGAUGUGCUAUUCGGUAGGAUCAACCCCUCUGGCCGUCUGCCACUCAGUCUCCCCAAGCGUAUGGAAGAUAUUCCGGCACACAACAACUACCGCAGCGAGAACGGCAAGGUUCACUACGCAGAGGACCUCUUCGUCGGGUACAAGCACUACAUCGGCAGAGGCGUCGAGCCCCUGUUCCCCUUCGGCUUUGGUCUCUCAUACACUAACUUCCAGCUUUCUGAUCUGAAGAUCAGCAGCCCCUCGUCCUCGGACGCAUCACUCAGCGUGGAAGUGUCCGUCAAGGUCACGAACACCGGUAAGAUCGCAGGUUCCGAGGUUGUCCAGUUGUAUGUCAAGCCCACUGCCACGCAUCUCACGCAACCACAACAACAGCUGCGUGCAUUUGGAAAAGCUAAGGAUCUUGCACCGGGGGCGAGCACGACCAUCGCCCUCAAGCUCAGCAAGUAUGCGGUGUCGUACUACGAUGAUGGCAUCGCGGCGUGGCGGGUGGAUAAGGGAGAGUACGGUGUGCUUGUUGGUCAGUCGUCCGUUGACCUGCCCCUCAAGGGCAGGUUCAAGCUCGACAAGUCCUUCACCUGGACUGGCCUGUAA